CGCCAUGCAGACUGUGCAUCCCUCAUGGCGUCUCGCACGAUCUCUAUGUCGGACUUGUCGACGAUCAUAUUCGACACAAAAUCAUAUCCCACCCCUGCCACCUCUGUCUGAAUGGAAAACCCUCUUUGGUUCUUCAGCGACAAUUGUGAGAGACAGAGUAUCUGUGAAGUCCCCCGAGACAGCCAGAAGCAUAGUGCAAUCCUUCGUCUCGGGCCAAAGUCCCGCAGCGGGGCAGGGAAAAAUAAUUGUCGAGGCGUUUCCUGGUCCGGGCGCGCUCUCGCGGGCUUUACUGGAGCUGCCAGAGUCUCAUGUGAAGAAGCUCAUCAUCCUCGAGGACAACGAGGACUACCUGAACUACCUGAAGCCCUUAGAAGAUGCCGACUCGCGUGUCAAAGUUGUGCCUUUGUCAGGGUUCGAUUGGGACACAUACUCUCACAUAGAAGAGGCAGGCCUGUUGAAUGAUGUUCAGACCGUUCCCUGGGAAAGCGGCCUACACCCGCAGUUACACUUCAUAAGUCACUUGCAACAUACAGUGAAAGGGGAACAACUGGUCGCACAGUUAUAUCGCUGCAUACCUGAUCGCUCGUGGCUCUACAAAUACGGUCGCGUGCCUAUGAGCUUUGUGCUUAGUGAGUGGGUAUGGGAUCGUAUAGCUGGCAAACCAGGAACUACGAAACGGUGCAAGCUUUCUGUCAUUGCCGAAGGCACCGCAGAGAACAAACUCUCCCUUGGCUCCGGAUCCUUGUUGCCAUAUGAUUCUCACUUCCAUCCAAGCCCAGCUCGAACGGCCGCUGGCCGCCCUGUCGGCCUGCGAAAACCAGGUCAUCCUAUGGUCACAAUGAACGUUGUACCGCAUGCAGAACAGAUAAUCACGAAAGGCAUGCUAGACAAAUGGGACUAUUGUCUCCGGAGAUUAUUUGUGCUGAAGUCCACGCCAUUGAAGAGGGCAAUCAGUUCUCUUGCUCCCGGAGCGCAGUCACUACUCAAACCGAUUUGGGACCCUAGUUUGCCUCGUGAUGAGAGAGUCGAUAUUAACAAGCCUGUCCGCGACUUCACUUUAGCAGACUGGACAAUCCUCAUGCGUGCCUUCGAUGAAUGGCCUUUUGCGCCCGAGGAUUUGAUGAUUAGCGAUGCAUUCACGAGGCAAAAUGCCGUCCGGGUUGUUAUGUGAAACACGCGAUUAGUGGUACACUGAUGAAUAGACUAGGGGUCGCCCACACGGGUUUGAUAAUCAUCGUGCUGCUUUCAGCUCAUCCGGUCCUAUUGUCAGACACUGAACUACUGCCGAAGUAGCGUAUGAUAAAUACAUCCGACAUUUAUCUGC